UCUCUCUGGACUCCUCUUAAUGAGAGACGGAGAAAAUCAGGCACUUUAUAAAAAAAACAUUUAAAAAACACAUGAAAAUUUUAAAGGCUGAUUUUAAAUUAGCCUUUAAAAUUUGCACAGAUUUCAAUAAAAAGAAACAAAUCUGUAAAGCAAGGAAAGAAAUACGUGGAGGGACGCAGAAGUCUCAUCUUUGGUUCCAUCCUGCUGAGAGUUUUUUUCUCGCCUGCUGAGGAGAGGAGAUGGAGAACAACAUGACUGACUGUGAAGAGGGAGAAGGGGGACCCACAAGCCAGGGUGAUGGACACCCCAAAGAGAGCAGUCCUUUCAUCAACAGCAGCGCAGCCUCUGAUAUGGAAAAGAGCCAGCAAUAUGACGGCAAGAGCAUGGCCCUCUUUGAGGAGGAGAUUGAUACCAGUCCAAUGGUCUCCUCUCUGCUCAGCUCUCUGGCCAACUACUCCAACCUGCCAACUGGCAGCAAGGAGCACGAAGAGGCUGAGAAUAACGAGGAGGGGGCUCGGCCAUCUAAAAAACCUGUAAAGGCCCCCCAGCUCGGCACUCUGAUGGGAGUCUACUUGCCAUGCAUCCAGAAUAUUUUUGGAGUGAUCCUCUUCUUGCGGAUGACAUGGAUGGUUGGGAUUGGCGGAGUCUUUGGCUCAUUCAUAAUUGUCUUCAUGUGUUGCUCUACGACCAUGCUCACAGCCAUCUCUAUGAGUGCCAUAGCAACAAAUGGAGUCGUACCAGCUGGUGGGUCAUAUUACAUGAUCUCUCGCUCCCUGGGGCCAGAGUUCGGUGGUGCUGUGGGGAUUUGUUUCUACCUGGGAACCACCUUUGCUGGGGCCAUGUAUAUACUGGGUUGUAUUGAAAUUCUGCUGAUUUAUAUUGUUCCACAGGCAGCCAUCUUUAAGAUUGAGGGCCUGGAGGGUCCUGAGGCAGAGAUUGCUCUCCUCAAUAACAUGCGGGUAUAUGGCACCAUCGUGCUCAGUUUCAUGGCCAUAGUUGUGUUUGUUGGGGUCAAAUAUGUCAAUAAGUUGGCAUUAGCCUUCCUGGCCUGUGUUAUCCUAUCUAUUCUGGCCGUUUAUGCUGGAAUCAUCAAGACUGCCCUUGAGCCUCCUGUCUUUCCUGUUUGUCUCCUUGGAAAUCGAACACUUCUCUCUAAAUCAUAUGACGUUUGUGCAAAGGUCAUUGAAAUAGACAAUGAGACGAUCACCACAAAGUUGUGGAGGUCAUUCUGUGAUUCUGAUUCCCUCAAUGCUACAUGUGAUGAAUAUUUCAUCAACAACAAUGUUACAGAGAUGCAGGGCAUUCCUGGGGUCACUAGUGGGAUCCUUGCAGAGAACCUAUUUGGAAACUAUCUGGAGAAGGGUAUGAUCUUGGAGAAGCGUGGAAUCUCAUCCAAUGUGGAUCCUGAAAUUCCGACCACCAAUGCCAAUCGCUACGUCCUAGCUGACAUCACCAGCUUCUUCACCCUACUGGUGGGGAUUUAUUUCCCUUCUGUUACAGGGAUCAUGGCAGGCUCAAAUCGCUCUGGUGAUCUGCGCGAUGCCCAGAAGUCCAUCCCGAUUGGUACCAUUGCAGCCAUCACUACCACCUCCACUGUGUAUAUGUCUUGUGUAAUCCUGUUUGGUGCUUGCAUAGAAGGAGUCGUACUGAGAGACAAGUUUGGUGAAGGGGUUAACGGUAACCUGGUGAUUGGCACCCUGGCAUGGCCUUCUCCCUGGGUCAUCGUGUUUGGCUCUUUCUUCUCCACCUGUGGUGCAGGACUUCAGAGUCUGACUGGAGCUCCACGUCUACUGCAAGCCAUCUCAAGAGACGGCAUCAUCCCAUUUCUCAGAGUUUUUGGACAUGGUAAAGCUAACGGGGAGCCAACCUGGGCACUGUUACUAACAGCUAGCAUCUGUGAGAUUGGCAUUAUCAUUGCCUCCCUGGAUUCAGUUGCUCCCAUCCUGUCUAUGUUUUUCUUGAUGUGCUAUAUGUUUGUCAAUCUUGCCUGUGCCCUGCAGACCCUGCUGAGGACACCAAACUGGAGGCCACGAUUUAAAUUCUACCACUGGGCUUUGUCUUUCCUGGGUAUGAGUCUGUGUCUGUCGCUCAUGUUCAUCUGCUCCUGGUAUUAUGCCAUAGUCGCCAUGGGUAUUGCCACCUGCAUCUACAAAUAUAUUGAGUUCUGUGGAGCUGAGAAGGAGUGGGGAGAUGGCAUUCGAGGAAUUUCGCUCAGUGCUGCACGAUUUGCUCUGAUGAGGCUGGAGGAGGGGCCGCCACACACCAAAAACUGGAGGCCUCAGAUCCUGGUGCUGGUGAGCAUGGAUGCUGAGCAGAAUGUGGAGCAGCCCCGCCUGCUCUCUCUGACCAAUCAGCUUAAAGCAGGCAAAGGCCUGACCAUUGUAGGUACUGCUGUUCAAGGAACUUUCCUUGACAGCUAUAGUGAAGCCCAGAGGGCAGAUCAGUCUUUGCGUAAGCUGAUGGAGACAGAGAGGGUGAAAGGUUUUUCUCAGGUGGUCUUCUCCUCCAACAUGAGAGAUGGGACAUCACACCUGAUCCAGGUUGGAGGACUUGGGGGUUUGAAGCACAAUACUGUGAUGGUGAGCUGGCCUCAGAACUGGAAGCAGCCCGAGUGCUACCAGCAGUUCAGGAACUUCAUUGAGACCGUUAGAGAGACAACCAUAGCUAGUUUGGCCUUGCUGGUUCCUAAGAAUAUCUCCAGUUAUCCGUCCAAUGGAGAGCGCUUCACUGAAGGCCACAUAGAUGUGUGGUGGAUCGUCCAUGACGGAGGCAUGCUGAUGCUUCUGCCCUUCCUGCUCCGCCAACAUAAGGUGUGGAGGAAGUGCAAAAUGCGCAUUUUCACUGUGGCACAAAUGGAUGACAACAGCAUCCAGAUGAAGAAAGACCUCAUCACUUUCCUCUAUCACCUGCGCAUUGAUGCUGCUGUGGAAGUAGUGGAGAUGCUUGACAGUGACAUCUCAGCUUACACCUACGAGAAGACACUAGUAAUGGAGCAAAGAUCUCAGAUCCUCAAACAGAUGCAUCUGACAAAGAAUGAGAUGGAGAGAGAGAUUCAAAGUAUUACUGAUUUCUCCCGUGGAUCCAUCCGUCGUAAAAACCCGCCAACCUUGCAGCCCCAACACAGCACAGAGGAGGGAACCAGCCUGGCAGAAAAACCAGAAGAUAAGUCUGAGGCUGUCUCCAACCCAAAACAGGUCCGCCUCAUCCAAAGUAAGAAUGCAGCCACCAGCCCAACAAGUCCCACUUCACCUGCUGCCACGCUUGCAGGAGGCACUGUCACCUGGAGAGGCAGCAAGGGCCCAGAUAAAGGGAUGACGGACUCAGCAGCGACACCAGGGGCAGGCAAAGACCCCCUUAAUAUGAAACCGGAAUGGGAGAGCUUGAACCAGACAGAUGUGAGGCGCAUGCACACAGCAAUGAGACUCAAUGAGGUCAUCACAAAGAAGUCCAAGGAGGCAAAAUUAGUCCUGCUCAACAUGCCAGGACCACCAAAGAACCGAGUGGGCGAUGAAAACUAUAUGGAGUUCCUUGAGGUUCUCACUGAAGGUCUCAACAGGGUUCUCCUAGUGCGAGGAGGCGGGCGAGAAGUCAUCACCAUCUACUCCUGAGAGGCUUAAAUUAGCAUCUAAAAGAACUUGUGAGUUCUUCUGCUUCUCUGUGAUUCUAGGAAAAUCCUCUCUUAAACCCAUCACCUGUCCCCUCACCUGGCAACCAGACUGCAGAGCUUCCGGGAACGUCGACCCAUGACCUAACUCCAUCUAUUACCUCCAACCCAUCUGAGCUCACUUCACCUGAUAACGUUUUGGAAGAACUUUCUGAUUUAUUCUGGAUUUUUCCUGCUCAUCUAUAAGAAAAAAAAUUCCUUUAUGUCUUUGAUCUGUCAUUUGACAUCUGUGCUAUUUGAGAGUUUUUUCAACCUAAAUCAUCUUGGUUUUUGUCCGAGAUUGUAUGAAUGACAACACCCACGUAGUAAUUUAAAUUACUAAAUUAAUGGAGGCGACUAUUCUGUGUUCAUUUAGAUAAAACUAGUGUGUAAAAGCAACUAAGGGUGGGUUCUUUUUUACUUCAAUACAAAGAAAUGACAUUCAUUCAAAUUGCUUUUGUUCAAUUUCAUUUUUAGAAAAUUUGAUAGAGCUUUAGAUCUAAGAACAAAUAUUUUAUAGAAAUCAUGGCCAUAAAUCUGGUCAUUUUUGCAUUCUUUUGAAUUGUUAACCACCUAGUAAAUUGUAGAAUUCAUAUUCAAGUAUAUAUUUUAUAAAAUAUUUUUAAAUAAUUGAAGAAUUAUCGGUGGAAAAAGUAAAAAUUCUAGGUGGUAUCUCUUUUUGAAGAGCAAUAUCACAUUACUGCAGAUGACAUUACAAAAUAGAAAACAAUGUGCUUCAUCACGAUGUAUUUUCUUUCUGCUGUGUCAGAGCCAUUUUUUAUCUAAAAUGUCCACAUGCUAGCUUAUUUUUAAAGAUGAAUUUUUUAUAUCAAUGCUCUUAUUCAGAUGUUGUUUUUCUUUUUUCGAAAGGCAGGAUUGUGCAUGUCAGCUGAAUCUGUUGCAGUUAAUUUCGUAAAUUGACCAAGCUUUGCAGCACUAAAUAGAGAGAAAGUCUCGUUCCCUCACAAAAAGCUCUGUCAGUUUUUAUUGGUCAACUUUGUGGUCUGAUUAUACCUUGCCCUCAUUCUGCUGGCACGCUGUGUAACUGCUAAAAGUUAGAGGAACAACUUUGUAUUAGAUCCAAAUUUUAAAACUAUUUUAAAAAAUACCCUUUUAAUUGAUAGGGACAGUAAAGUAUGUGGUUUAGAAAUAGGUUUACAGAUGCAAUUUAGUCCUAAAUGAGAUUACAAUGGAGAAAUGUUCUGGCACUUUUUUAUUAGCUUAUUUCACAAGUUGCGGUACUGAGAAUUUCUGACAUGUUGAAUUGAAUCAUGCAGAAACAUCUGUUUAAAGGUAACCCUGUUGACUAAAGGUCACUCACUAACUCACAGCUGCACAAAACCUGCAAAAUACAAAUACGCACAAAUACAAACACAAAUGUAUUGAAAGUGAAUUUCAGAGGGUGUCUGCUACAAUUUUGAGAAGACUUUGUUCAUCAGAAACUACAUUCAUUAGGGUGUAUAUGUUUUAAUGGUUUAUUUAAUUCUCCAGCUUAUUUUAUGUUUUUAUGUUUAGUUUACAUUACAUUAGCUUUUACAGAAAGGCUAAACCACAAAGCUUUGUCUAUAUUUGGCAUAAAACUUCAUCAGAUAACUGUGGAGGACAGAUAGGCCUAAAAUAUCCACAUGUCAUAAUAUAUUUUAUUCAUUUAGGUAAAUGAAGAAGGAAAAAAUUGGAUCCUUAGAUGUAAUAUUUAGUCUGACACUCCCUGUGUAGCAACAACCUCAAAUCAAAGUGUUUUAAUUUUAGUUUAUUCUGUAUAAAAUAACUUUGAUUUUUAAGCUUUUGAUUUGACUAAGUUGAGGACUUUCACUUGGCUUAUCUAAAACUUUAGUAUUUCUUUUUUCUUUUUUUUUUUGUUAAUUGUUUUUCACAUUUUGGUUAAAUAGCUUUUGCAUUCAUGGAUCUGAUGUUAUUGCUGGGGGAUUGCUUUAACCAUAGUUUUAUUAACAUUUACAGUGUUGUAUAGUUCUGAUGCAGCUAAACAGGCCCAGAUCAUUAUAUUACCAACAUGUUUUCCAAAUAUGCUGCUCCUUUCCUGUUAGAUUGUGUUAUUUAGUGUUUUUGUUUAUUUUUUACAUUUGCAACUUAAAUAAAUAUCUUAAUGUUUUAUUUGUCUAUAGAUUGUUUUUCUAACAAUGUUGCCAUUAGAUUAAACUGUGAACAAGCAGUCAAAUUCCCUUUGGAGAACUUCAUCUGUAUAACUUACACCACUGGAGGUCAGUGUUUAUGAACAUUUCUGACUCCUAAUAAGAAAACUGUUCAAUUGCUUAGAUAUUACGGAGAGCUUAUUGGUCGUGUGUGUUUGCAAAGUUUUAUUUUAGCUGAACAGUCAAAGGAAGAAUAUCAUUGGUAUUAAAGUUUCAUUUAUUUGUAAAUGACAGCCAGCUCAUCAUCUUAUGAUCCACCAUGAAUGCUUCUGUGCUUGGGGGGAAAGUGAGGCAAUGACCCAAAUAUGGCAGUAAUCCACUAAAGAAUGUUUAAGAAUUAAGAAGAAGAAAGUCCUCAGCCUAGUUCAAACCCAGAUCUUUUUAUUAUGAACAUGUUGUGACCUGAAAAAAAAUUGUACAUCAAGCAUACCCCUCAAACAUCUUAAAAGAUGAAAGUGAGGAGACCGAUAUCAGAGGCUCAGGCAGAGGACAGAGACUGGUAGACAGCUAAAAGAAUCUCACUGAUGGCGGCAACAUCAGUUAGGUGGGUAGGGUGUCCUAACUUUUUCUUCAGAAUAUACAUUUUUGCUUAUCUCUCUUGUUCCUAGACUAAAACAAGUUUAAUAAUUGUUAAGUGCAGUUAGUUAUUUUCUUUUCCAGACAAAGAAAUAGAUUAGUAAUCAACAUGUGGGAAUUUCUUGAUAAGAGACUGUAAAUUAAUGGGGCAUAUCAAGUUAUUUACAUUACUGUAUGUUUUUGGUCAGCAGUUUCACCGCUUGGUGUCACAUAACUCAUAAAUCAGAGUGUGUUUCCAGCAUCCAGAACAUGUAUAGAUUAUCUUUAUGGAGUUGGACGGACCUUUGUGAUUAAAGUUUAAUGACGAAAGCCCACUUCCCUCUCUAUCUACUAUUACCCCAUCCUUUCGUAUAGGACUCACUUUGUGUUUUAAUUUUCUCUCAUUUGUAUGAUAGCAUACAGUUUGCAAAUCUUACCUCAUCCUUAAUACAAUAAUAUAUUGCUUUAUUUAAUAAUGUUUGUACAGAGAAGUGUUUGCUUUAUUUUACUGAUAAAGGUGGUUGCAGCAACACCCCCUGUGCAUGUACUGGAUGUUAUUUUACAAGUCAUACAUACUGGUUCCUAGUUUGCACUGUUUUAAACUCUUUCUUGCAGACUGUGCAUGCUGGGUUUGUUUUACACUAAAUGGUAUAUUAAAGACACAAAACAUAAUGAUACAUUUAGCAUUGUUGACCGGUUUAAGUUAGGAAUGUGUUUAAAACUAUUACAUAUUUUUAUGU